UUUUUUGUCGCUUUUGGUGUCCCCUUUUAUAAAAACUAAGAACGUAGCAUCCAACUGCAAUUCUCACUAAGCACAAAGCAAUGGCUUCAAUUCUUCUCUCUCUUUCUCUAUUGGCCAUCGCCCUCUCCCUCGCUGGUUCGUUCGUUGCUUCCCUCUCUUUUUCCAACUACUCACAAUCCUUCGUCGGCGUAAACUACGGCCAGGUCGCCGACAACCUCCCGCCGCCGGAAGCCACGGCCAAGCUCCUCAAGUCCACCACCGUCGGGAAACUCCGCCUGUACGGCGCCGAUCCCGCCAUCAUCAAGGCCCUCGCGAAUUCCGGCAUCGAAAUCGUGAUCGGCGCGGCCAACGGCGACAUUCCGAGCCUGGCCGCCGAUCCGAACGCGGCGACUCAGUGGGUGAACGCGAACGUGGUGCCGUACUACCCCGGCAGCAAAAUCACGCUGAUCACCGUUGGCAACGAGAUUCUGACCCUGGCAGACGAAGGCCUCGUCCCGCAGCUUGUCCCGGCGAUGCGAAAUCUCCAAAAUGCCCUGAACGCGGCCUCCCUCGGCGGCAAGAUCAGAGUCUCCACCGUCCACUCCAUGGCCGUGUUGACUCAGUCGGAUCCUCCGUCGUCCGGGUUGUUCAACCCGGCGCUCCAAGACACGCUGAAGCAGUUGCUCACUCUUCUCAAAGAUAACAAAGCGCCCUUCACCAUCAACCCGUACCCGUUCUUCGCUUACCAGAGCGACCCGCGACCCGAAACGCUCGCCUUUUGCCUCUUCCAGCCCAACUCGGGCCGGGUCGACUCGGGCAACGGGAAGCUCUACACUAACAUGUUCGAUGCCCAGGUUGAUGCUGUACAUUCUGCUUUGAGUGCUAUGGGGUUCCAGGACGUGGAGAUUGUGGUUGCUGAGACAGGAUGGCCCUCACGUGGGGACAGCAACGAAGUAGGACCUAGUGUUGAAAAUGCAAAAGCUUAUAACGGCAACCUCAUUACUCAUCUUAGAUCAUUGGUUGGAAGCCCUUUGAUGCCUGGAAAGUCUGUGGAAACUUACAUUUUCGCUCUCUAUGAUGAAAAUCUAAAACCAGGCCCGGGAUCUGAACGCGCAUUUGGACUGUUCAAAACCGAUCUUAGCAUGUCAUACGAUGUUGGCUUAGCCAAGUCUAGCCAGCAGACUCCAUCAACUAGUCCAACAGCUCCGGUUACUCCAGCACCGAACACUGCUGGAUGGUGUGUACCCAAAGCUGGAGUUUCUGAUAAUCAGUUGCAGUCCAAUAUUGACUAUGCAUGUAGCCAAGGCAUAGAUUGCAGGCCAAUUCAACCAGGAGGCGCGUGCUUUGAGCCUAACACAGUAGCAUCCCAUGCUGCAUUUGCCAUGAAUCUAUACUACCAAACUUUUGGCAGAAAUCAGUGGAACUGUGAUUUCUCUCAAACAGCAACGCUCACAUCCCAAAACCCAAGUUACAAUGCAUGCGUUUACACUGGUGGGAGCACCUGAAAGAAAGAGAAAGAGGCUUCAGAUUAAUGUCAAUUAAUAAAUUUUGUGGAUAGAAUUUAGAAUUAAAUUAUCGAAUAAGGGCGUCUACGACUAUGUUGCCCUCUUAUAGUUAUAGCCUUUCAAUUUUAGAGACAUGCCGAUUCCGGUUUGUGUAUGAUAUCCACUUUUUAGUGUGGCAAUUCACAAUUCACAAUUUACGAUUCCAAUUAA